AUGCAUUCAGGUUAUGAAAUCCCUGGGAUCCAACUGCAGCACAAUUUCAUGGAAGAAAAUAUGAACCAAAACAGUACCGAGUUUAAUUCUCACCAACAAUACCAUAUACUUCAACAAAUCCAUACACUACCCACUACCCAACAAUUAUUCCAAGGCCAGAAUCAUUUUCAGGCAUAUUUUCCACACCAACAAAGGAGGCUAAAUGAGUCAUACUGUGAACCGGGUCAAGAAAAUAUCAGCAGCUAUGUCGGAGGCGGAGAUAGUGGUUCAGUACCCUUUUUCCCGGCGAGUUUGAAGUUGGAUUUGAAUCAUGAGAGUGGCAGAAAUAAUAAAGAGAGUACUGUUAUUAUUAAUGAAGGAGAAGAUGCUUUGUUGCCUGGGAGUGAGCAAUAUGAUGUCCCCGAGACUCCACUGCAAAUGCCUCAUUGUUGGCAAAACCAAGAAGAUUCUGCCAUCGAACAACGCUUCUGGAAGCCACUAACUGUAGCAGUAGCCAACGAGGAGAGCGAGAUAGAGGAUAAGCAAGAACAACUCCAAGAGAAUCCGAGAGAUCAUUGUAAGUAUUUUCAGCUGGAACCUCAAAUGAACCGUUUAGAGAGAGAGAGUGGACUAUAUGGAGAGCUUGAAGCAAUUUAUAAACGUAUCGGCACUCCUGGGAGUAAUCAAACUGGUUCUGGAUCAGUUCAUUUGCCUGUAAAUACCCAUCUACCAGCGUCGGAGGCUUCUAUCGGAGAAGAAGAAUCCAAGAAAAUGGCUAAAAAGAAAAGAAAAAGGAAGAAAAUGAAGGAUCAGUUGGAUUCAACGGCGAAUUUUCUUGAGAAUUUAGUUAAACAAAUUAUGGAACAUCAAGAAAAUCUUCACUGGAAGUUUACACAAGUGAUUGAAAGAUUGGAUCAAGAGAGAAGAGAAAGAGAAGAGGCUUGGAGGAAGCAAGAACUGGCCAAGUAUGAGCGAGAAGCGGCGGCCCGAGCUCGUGAGAAAGCCAUUGCAGCAAGUAGAGAGGCCGCCAUUGUUUCAUACUUGGAGAAAAUCACAGGUCAAAGAAUCAAUCUUCCUCCGUUAAAGGUGCAACCAAUAAUUUCUCAGAAUCCAUUCUGCACGCAACUCAACUCUACCAGUGAAAGUGAUGUUAGAGGGGAUGAACAGAUGGCCUAA